AUGCCUGCAGCCCACAGGACUAUUCCCAGCCCAGAGAUCUAUGGCCCGGGCACUUUUGUCGACGAGAAUUUUCUUCCUGUCCCCGAUGACGCUCGUCGAGUCUUUGAAAUCCUCGCCAACGCAACAGAAAACUUUACAAAAGACCCUCGCGUUUGGGACUCUGUCAAAUUUGAGGGCCAUGAUGAUCCCAUGAUUCCCGGGCCUCUAAAGGCCCCUGUUGUUGCAGCUGCGCUUCAUGCUAUGUGUGGCGUUGUUGCCAACGAACUGCUGGCCGAACGAGACGGCCAAGAAGCACACGACCGAGAGGUGAUAAUUAAUACCGACCAGGCCGCGAUCUGGCUUGGAUCUAUUCUGACGGUUCGCCUGAAUGGAUCCGACAUUAGCGAGUUAAUCAAGAUGGGCAAGGGUUCUUCUAUCUUCGACCGUGAUUUCGAAAAGGGUGUUUUUGACAACCCCCUCAGACUCCGAACGACUGCCAUCUAUCCUACCAAAACUCCUGGCGUCUGGUACCAGCUGCAUGGGUCGCUCCAUGCGGACCCUGUCCUUCGCGCAAUCGGCGUUGAUCCUGAAACCAAAUGCGAGACCCUCCCCGAUGCAUACAACCUCAUUCGCCAACAGGUUAAGAAAUUCAGCGCCAAUGAGCUAGAGAUGAUUAUGGUUAAGAAUGGAUUCUGUGGAAGUAUUUGUUAUACUCCCGAGGGAUGGAGCGAGACAUUGAUGGGCAAGCGGCUCCAGAGCCAUCCAUUUGUCAAUUAUUCCCACCAGUCUUACGCCGCCCCUACACCUCGGGCUCCCUUGCCCAACUUGCCAAGAGAUAAGUGCCCGUUGGCCGGCAUCAAGGUUGUGGAGCUUGUUCGAAUUAUCGCCGGCCCGGUGAUCGGAACUACUUUGGCUGCGCUUGGGGCCGACGUGAUCCGCAUCAAUUCCAGCAAGCUUCCGGAUCUGAAUGCUCUGCAGUUGACACUAAACGCUGGAGUGCGUACUAUUGAUUUGGACCUCUCCAACGAUGGAGAUGUAGCUCGGCUGAAGGAGCUCGUUGAUGACGCGGACGUUUUCAUCCAAGGCUUCCGACCGGGUACCCUAGAGCGGAAGGGCUUUGGCUUGCAUAAGAUUCUACAGGUGGCCAGCAGAAGAGGUAAGGGAAUUGUCUACGUCGAGGAAAAUGCUUAUGGGCCGGAUGGUCCCUUCUACGAACGACCUGGCUGGCAGCAAAUUGGAGACGCCGCCUCGGGAGCCUCCUUUGUGACCGGGAGAUCCCUUGGCUAUACUGAUGGGACCAGUGUUCUGCCACCUCUUCCAAUCUCGGACAUGACCACUGGCCUCGUUGGAGCCCUCGGCACUUUGAUGGCUCUUCGUGAUCGUGCACGGAAUGGAGGCUCUUACCGUGUGCUUAGUUCCCUGGUCGCCGCUGAUGCCAUUUCUCUGCAACCGGAAAUCGGACUUUAUUCACCGGAGGUGGUGCGAAAGAACGAAGAAACCUUCGAGUGGGAGGUUAUGGAGCCUUCGCAGUAUGUGUCGGAACUGCUCAUGGUCGUGAUGAAUGGCUGGAAAAGGGUCUACCCUGAGUAUUUUGCUCCGGAUUCAACCCCUUAUGACAGCAUUUGA